CGGCGUGCUGACUGGGUGUUCCUGGAAGGGACUGCACAGGACACUCAGGGCUGGGGGGCUGGUUAUCUGUGCGUAUAUUUGUAUACAUGGACGUGCAAGGUUCUGCCUGGCUGGACUCUGUAGAGAGAUGGGGUCGUCGUUUGCCAGGAGAAUCUCUGAGUUGGGGUAGCAGGAAAGGAGGAAUCAGCAGGCUGUUCUGUGUGAAAUCUGGAGUUUCCCCAAGUUGCCGCACCCCUCUGAGCCCCGGUUUUCUGUUCCGUGAAGAACAAUCGUCUUCGCAGAGGUGCUCUGAGAACUGAUGGCCUUGCCUGGCUGGCCGCGCGCGGGUGCGCAGACGCUGUUUGUCCAAGUCAGCACUCUGUUCUUCCCAUCCGUGAGUGACCAUGUCGAGGGUGAGGCCCCCAGCAGUGAGACCGGCACGUCCCUGGACAGCCCCUCGGCCUACCACCAGGGCCCCCUGUUGCCUGGUUCCAGCCUGAGCCCGGACCACUACGAGCACACGUCUGUGGGAGCCUAUGGGCUGUACUCGGGGCCGCCGGGACAGCAGCAGCGCACGAGGAGGCCCAAGCUGCAGCACUCGACCUCCAUCCUGCGAAAGCAGGCCGAGGAGGAGGCCAUCAAGCGCUCGCGGUCACUCUCUGAGAGCUAUGAACUCUCCUCGGACUUGCAGGAUAAGCAGGUGGAGAUGCUAGAACGCAAGUAUGGGGGGCGCCUCGUGACCCGUCAUGCGGCCCGCACCAUCCAGACGGCGUUCCGCCAGUACCAGAUGAAUAAGAACUUCGAGCGCCUGCGCAGCUCCAUGUCCGAGAACCGCAUGUCGCGCCGGAUCGUGCUGUCCAACAUGAGGAUGCAGUUCUCCUUUGAGGGGCCCGAGAAGGUGCACAGCUCCUACUUCGAGGGCAAGCAGGUCUCCGUGACCAAUGACGGCUCCCAGCUGGGGGCCCUGGUGCCCCCCGAGUGUGGCGACCUGGGUGAGCCGUCCGCACUCAAGUCUCCAGCCCCUUCCAGCGACUUUGCCGACGCCAUCACGGAGCUGGAGGACGCCUUCUCUCGGCAGGUGAAGUCGCUGGCUGAGUCCAUCGAUGAUGCCCUGAACUGCCGCAGCCUGCACACAGAGGAGGCGCCGGUCCCCGAGGUGGUGCGGGCCCGGGACAGCGAGCCCAAGCCAGCCCUGCACAGCAUGGACCACCACAAACUGGAUGAGAUGACCGCCUCCUACAGUGACGUCACCCUGUACAUCGACGAGGAGGAGCUGUCACCACCUCUGCCCAUCUCGCAGGUCGGGGACCGGCCCUCCAGCACUGAGUCGGACCUGAGGCUGCGGGCUGCGGGCGUGGCCCAGGACUACUGGGCCCUGGCUCAUAAGGACGACAAGGUGGACACGGACACGAGCUGCCGCAGCACGCCCUCGCUGGAGCGGCAGGAGCAGCGGCUGCGGGUGGAGCACCUCCCGCUGCUCACCAUUGAACCCCCCAGCGACAGCUCUGUGGACCUCAGUGACCGCUCGGAACGUGGCUCACUCAAGAGGCAGAGUGCCUAUGAGCGCAGCCUCGCUGGGCAGCAAGGCAGCCCUAAGCAUGGCCCCCACAGUGGUCCCCCCAAGGUCCUCUCCCGAGAGGAGCCCGAUCUACGGCCCCGGCCCCCCAGACCUCUUGACAGCCACCUAGCCAUUAAUGGCUCUGCCAAUCGGCAGAGCAAGUCUGAGUCAGAUUACUCAGAUGGGGACAAUGACAGCAUCAACAGCACAUCCAACUCCAACGACACCAUCAACUGCAGCUCCGAGUCGUCAUCUCGUGACAGCCUGCGGGAGCAGACGCUCAGCAAGCAGACCUACCACAAGGAGACGCGCAACAGCUGGGACUCGCCCGCCUUCAGCAAUGACGUCAUCCGCAAGAGGCACUACCGCAUCGGCCUGAACCUCUUCAACAAGAAGCCUGAGAAGGGAGUCCAGUACCUCAUCGAGCGUGGCUUCGUACCUGACACGCCAGUGGGAGUGGCCCACUUCUUGCUACAGCGCAAGGGCCUCAGCAGGCAGAUGAUCGGCGAGUUCCUGGGCAACCGGCAGAAGCAGUUCAACCGCGAUGUGCUUGACUGUGUGGUGGAUGAAAUGGACUUCUCUGCCAUGGAGCUGGAUGAGGCCCUCCGGAAGUUCCAGGCGCACAUCCGUGUCCAGGGGGAGGCUCAGAAAGUGGAGCGGCUCAUUGAGGCCUUCAGCCAGCGGUACUGCAUUUGCAACCCGGGGGUGGUGCGGCAGUUCCGGAACCCAGACACCAUUUUCAUCCUGGCCUUCGCCAUCAUCCUGCUCAACACAGACAUGUACAGCCCCAACGUCAAGCCGGAGCGGAAGAUGAAGCUGGAGGACUUCGUCAAGAACCUCCGAGGUGUGGAUGAUGGAGAGGACAUUCCCCGGGAGAUGCUGAUUGGGAUCUACGAACGGAUUCGUAAGCGAGAGCUGAAGACCAAUGAGGACCAUGUGUCCCAGGUGCAGAAGGUGGAGAAGCUCAUUGUGGGGAAGAAGCCGAUCGGAUCCCUGCAUCACGGGCUCGGCUGUGUGCUCUCCCUGCCCCACCGUCGGCUGGUCUGCUACUGCCGGCUCUUCGAGGUUCCUGACCCAAACAAGCCCCAGAAACUCGGGCUGCACCAGCGAGAGAUCUUCCUGUUUAACGACCUCUUGGUGGUCACCAAGAUCUUCCAGAAGAAGAAGAACUCGGUGACAUACAGCUUCCGGCAGUCCUUCUCCCUGUACGGCAUGCAGGUCCUGCUCUUCGAGAACCAGUACUACCCCAAUGGCAUCCGGCUUACGUCGGCUGUCCCCGGAGCAGACAUCAAAGUGUUGAUAAAUUUCAACGCUCCCAAUCCUCAAGACAGGAAGAAGUUCACGGAUGACCUGCGGGAGUCCAUCGCAGAAGUACAGGAGAUGGAGAAGCACAGGAUAGAAUCGGAGCUCGAGAAGCAGAAGGGCGUCGUACGGCCCAGCAUGUCCCAGUGCUCCAGCCUCAAGAAGGAGUCCGGCAACGGGACGCUGGGCCGGGCCUGCCUGGAUGACAGCUACGCCAGCGGCGAGGGCCUCAAGCGCAGCGCCCUGAGCAGCUCCCUGAGGGACCUCUCCGAAGCCGGGAAGCGAGGGCGUCGCAGCAGUGCGGGAUCGCUAGAGAGCAAUGUGGAAGGCUCCAUCAUUAGCAGUCCUCACAUGCGCCGGAGAGCUACAUCAACACGAGAGUGUCCAUCUCGCCCACACCAGCCUAUGCCUCAUUCAUCCUCCCUCCUGGGCUCCUUAUUUGGGAGUAAGAGAGGGAAGCCCCCUCCCCAGGCCCACCCACCCUCAGUCCCACCCCCACCGCCGCCCCACCCACCAAUUCUGCCCCACCCUCAGCACUCCUCGGCUGGCCAUCACCCGGGGCCCACAGAGGGCCUGCCGCAGGCCCAGGUGCAUGGGCACCAUGCCCAGUACUGCCACAUGCAGCAGAAUCCACCCCCCUACCACCACCACCACCACUACCACCCUCCUCAGCACAUCCAGCACACCCACCAGUACCACCACGGCCCCCACGGCGGGUACCCACCCUAUGGGGCUCAUGCUCAUGGCCACCCACCGCUGCCCUCGGCCCACGCGGGGCAUACUGGGCACCACCACGGGCAGCCCCCCGCCCCGCCACCCCCCACCAGCAGCAAGGCCAAACCCAGCGGCAUCAGCACAAUUGUGUAGACAGCCUGGGCAGGGGACCCCGACUCCCCCAAACAACCGCACACCACACAGGGGCACGUCCAGGGGCUGCAAGCCUCAGACCAGACCCAGGGCACUUUUGUCUCCGUCUCUUCCCUCUGCCCCACAGCUGGAUGGGCCCCUGUGGGCCUGCAGGGCUCCCGUUUCACGGAACAGAGGUCCUGAUUUCAUUUAGCACUGGCAUCCUGGGCUCCGCCCACCUCUGUCCAAAGGUUGCGUCUCAGCCACCAACCGUCAGCCUUGAAACGGUGCCACCAGCCAAGUAGGUGUUGAACUGGCUCCCAGCCCACCCAGCUCAGCUCUCUGCGCCCCCUCUGUCCGCGCAUAUGAAAACCCAACCUAGGAAAAGAAGAAACGAGAUCCUAAAAAACCAGAGACAAAACAAAACCCCAAAAACUUGCUGCAUUAAUGCUCUUUUAUUGACAAUGGGCAAAAAAUUAAGUAGAUCUGAUAUGGUUGAUGAAAAUACGUAAGUAAACUUUAUAUAAUAUAAAUAUAUAAAUAUAUAUAAAUAUAUAAAUAUAUAUAUAUAUACACUGUAUAGGUAGUAUUUGUGUGUGAAAGGCAAGCGUUUCAGUCCACAAAAUUAGCAAUAGAGACCUCACAAGGAACUCCACUUUCCUGGUAGAAAGACAGAACCCUAGAUGAAUGUGUGAGAGAGUAGACCAAAAACUUAAAUGCUAGGAACAAAUUCAGACACUUCCAUAUUUUCAUACAGAGAAGAGAAGUCCCUCUAGGACUGGCUGAAGUCUUUACACAAUCAUUGUUACUAACUGUGCCAAGUAACAUAGCAUCUAACUGUUUAAAAAGUCCAAUAUUGCUUUGUAUAAAUCCUUAUUUUAUUAACAGAAUACUAUCAUAAGUAAUCAGUAUUAUAACUGCUCUGUUAUUUCAGGUAAGCAAGUAGAUAAAAUGCAGUAAACUCUACAGUAGCAACUCAGGACAACUAGUUAAGAGCCGGUUGUCUUAGGAUAUUGGUUACACAGAAUCUUAGACACUUUAAUGGCUGCAAUAACUGUGAAUUUUCAUGAUCCAUCUUUCCUUUAUAUGCAUCUGAUUUAAUGCGCACUCAUGCAGAGUCCUCUGGGAGGGGCCCCCAUCCACAGCAGAAGGAUUCAUCUCCCACACGACAGUGACAAACCCUCAUGCGCGUCCCCCCAGCACCAUGCCUUGCUCCUCCCGCCUCCAAGCACAGCGGGCAGAAGCCCUGGAGAGUGCUUCCAGCAGGAAGCACUCUGGAGCCCGGAGCUGACGCCUGCGUCUGGCAGCCCAGGGUGGUGUGUGUGUUCCCCGUGUUCUCUGAGUGGUAGCCGUGAUCAUUGUAAUUCCAUGUAGCCAUGUGCUAGCAGAGCCCCCGUGUCCUCACCGUGGCCACCCACGUGACCCCGGCCGCCGGGGGCCUGGCCCUCGCCAGGCGAAGCCCCUGCUGCCUGCCCGUGGUCCAGUGAGCUGCCAGGGCAUCCCAUGACAGCUGUGCUCUUGUCGCUUGUGUGUUGUGGUGACACCGUGCGCUCCCCUGGGUCUGUGCCUGAGUCACCCACGGGCCGUGCUUUGUAGUUUCAGCCUUUCGAGCCUCUGCAGCCACCAGUGCUGUGCUCCUAAGCGUGGGACCCGAGGACUGCCUCACGGCCCCCGCGUGGGCGGAGCGCCCUUUCAGAAAGGGUGAAGCUACCGCCUGAGCCUGUGGGCCACACGGCUCUGUGUUCAGUGGACAGCAGGAGGAGAGAGGGGAGCCCGCCCCGGCUGGCCAGCUGGGGGGUUCGCGGAUCUCCUUCCUCCCACCCCUCCUUGUCACGUCCUUGCCGUCACCAGACCAGCCAGUCUGCAGCCUGAGCAGUGCGUCCAUCUGCACAGAGAGCAAGUGCAGCGACCUGGAGUUCCGCCUCUGCACCAACGAGUGGGACUUGACCUUGCCCUCCUUGUCCUUCCGUCCGUGUGACGUUUCUUUUCUUUGGCAUCCGUUCGGAAAGAGAUGACGAGCACCGUUGUGUCCGAGUCGACCCAGGCGGGCUGCUGGGGGGUUGCCUGGCUUCACUGACUCUGCAGGUCUCUGGUUUAAUUCGCAGGGGUCAGCUCCCCAGGCACUGUCUGUCUCGCAGUGUCAAGGACAUUCUGAUAGGAAGAGCUGCAUCAUGCUGCCUGCCAUCGGUGCCAGUCGGGUGAGCCUGCUCGCCACGGGCUGUCACUUUGCAAAAGUUCCCAGCGUCACUGUGGUGGACAAACGGCUGGAGGAGAGUGGUAGCCUACUGAACAGUACAGCUUUUCCUCACCCUCUCCUGGACCACGGGUCCUGUCUGACUGUAAAUUCAUGGUUGUUUCAGGAAUGAGGCACAGCUGGGUACAUCCUUAGGGGCAUCGCCAAGGAGCAACCAAACAGAACAAGAACAAACAGUACAUGCUAGGGAGGGGCCCACGCUCUCCAGGGGUGCCCUUCAGGACUCUGGGGUGCGUCCUGAGCCUGUGCUGUGGGCAGCAGGGUAGAGCGAGCGAGAGAGCUCUCAACCCACUCAGCUCUCCCCAGGUUUCCAACUUGAAAGUGUGCUUGGGUCCAGUGGGUGAGGUUCCCCUGUUCCCUGGGGAAGUGUCUCCAGAGGGGACAGUACUGAAUGCAGGAGGCGGGAACCAGGCUGCCCAGAUCUUCUUUGGGAAGCACCAGCUUCUAACAGGCUGGAGUCCCCGUGCUGUGUCCAUGGGGCUGUGUCUGUAGAUGCCCAGCCAGCAGCAAGCCAGAGCUUCAGGGCCCUGGGGGGUGGGGGGUGGGGAGGCAGCAGGAGGCAGCGUUUCCCAGGGUGUCUGUGUCCUUCCUCAGUGUCAGGACACACUGGGGACCUCCCUCAAGUCGCACAAGCUAUUCCAGUUACCUAGAGAGUUGCUGACAGGAGCAGAGACCCUUCGGGGAGGCAGCUGGUAACAUCACACACAUCUUUCUGGGACGACAAGGAAAUCAUCUAUUUGUAUUUUUUUAAGUGUAUGAAUGAAUUGUACUUUAUUGUCAAAAUAAAGUUCAUCCUAAUAUGA